AUGGACUUCCACGUGGAAGAAGCAUUACCUUGAAUCCCACUCCUUACCUUUCGCAACCUUUCUUUUCUUGACUCUGAUUCCGGUUAGCUUUUCAUCGAUCUCUGAAAAAUUAAUAGAAAUGGCGGCAGCCAUAUCCGUUCUCUCUCCUAAAUCAACCACUUCCCUUCAAACCCUAGAUCUUUUCAAACAACCCAAUUUUAAGUUUCUUAGUGGGUCUCCAUUAGAGGGGUUUUCUUUAAACUUGAAACCAGGUGGUGGUAGUAAAGCUAGGGAAUUUCCUGGUUUGGUGGUUUCUGCUUCUGCCGGAACCACCACCACCACCGCCACAGCCGGCGGUGGGAGUGGUAGACUUUAUGUCAAUUUCACUGGUUUCCCUUUCCCUCUUGGCCCUUUUCUCAAUAGGCGCACUAUCAGGACUGAGGCUGUAAAAGACUGCAUAUGGCUGUUCGAGCAAGAACAGGCAUUGGGUUUCAGCAGUGUCUCAACAAACACCAGGAUGACUGUCAUCAAGCUCAAAUCAGGAGGAUUAUGGGUCCAUGCACCAAUUGCCCCAACCAAGGAAUGCGUUCAGCUUGUGAAGGAGUUAGGAGCUCCAGUAGAGUACAUUGUCCUGCCUACAUUUGCUUAUGAGCAUAAAAUAUUUGUUGGUCCAUUUUCUAGAAAGUUCCCACAAGCUCAGGUAUGGGUGGCACCAAGACAAUGGAGUUGGCCUCUCAAUUUACCACUUGAAUUUUUCGGCAUUUUUCGUGCUAAAACUUUAGAAAAUGAAGACCUUUCGACCCCAUGGGCUGCAGAGAUCGAACAAAAGGUUCUGAGCUCUCCUGAAGUUGGAAUUGGACCGUAUGUGGAGGUGGCAUUCUAUCAUAAGCGUUCAAAGACCCUACUCGUGACUGAUGCUGUAAUAUUCGUCCCGAGGCAGCCUCCUGAAUGUAUAAGCAAUGAUUCAUUGUUGGCAUCAGCUAAAAACGGGUUGGCUGUAAAACUUCUUAGCAAAGGGAAGGAAGUCUCUCAAGAACCGGUCAUUGAUAACGCGAUAAACAGGCAGAAAGGUUGGGAGAGAAUGGUUCUUCAAAUCUUGUUUCUGGGUCCAUCAAAUCUUUUGGAACCAAAAGCUAGUUUCUCUCAGAUGUCACAGAAGUUGAUCGUUUCACCCAUAGUUAAAACAUUAGUCUUCAGCAAAGUUCCUGAAAAGGUGAGGGAUUGGAUUGACAGCAUUGCAAGAGACUGGAAAUUCAAGAGAAUCAUCCCAGCACACUUUAAUGCUCCUGUAAACGCCAACAGAUCUGAUUUUCUAGCAGCUUUUGCGUUUCUUGACGAUCUUUUAGGCGAGCGUUAUGUGACUCGCCCUUCACUUCAACUUUUCUUCACAUCCAUCAUGGGAAAGGCUGCAAGUUACUUCCCACCAGAUGACAUGAAAACUUUAUCAUCGCUCGACCAGUUUCUAGUCUCGGUUGGAGCAGUAAAGAAGACUGUAUCGGGUCGUAAACGACCCUAAAAAUGCCAAAAAAGAAAGAGAGAAUUAUAGUGUAGUUGCUAUUUAUAAAAUAUGGUAUAUACACAAACUCUUUUUGUCUCUUGUUAUCCCUUGCUUUAUGGGUUUUUUCUUUCACAAUGCAAGAAAAUAGCAUCUUGCCAUUGCACAUAUGUCGGACUGGGAAUAUUAAUUGACAUUCAUUCUUU